AUGGCACAAGUCAGAAACACUCUCGAAGCUGACACGCCUGGCGUCGAAAGCCCAAACGAUGUCCCCUCUGAGCACCAUGAUCGCCCGGUUCAUGAUCCCGAAGCAACGCCGAAGCCAAUAACUUUCCCUUCGGACAAAAAGAAAGACGCAAUUGGCACAGGUAGUUCUAUGGUAGCAGCAGAUGCCAAGACACAGCUAAUGAAGUACGCAGAAACUUUGCAAGCAACCGCUGGUAGCACAGAGACCAGCGGUAGUAUCACUACCGGUAGAUCCAAUUGUGCUGCGGAUCACGAGCAAGAGCACGCUGUAGACCGUCACGGUUCGCUUCCCUCGCGGCAGAUCAGCCCUCUGCCCACGGCUGGCGCCGGAGCUAGUGUCGCUGAGCUGGCAACGGAAGUACUUGAUGCUGUAGGAGUCCCCGAUGCACAAGAUAUCCCGCAGUCUUCGAUAGCGGGCCACAACGCUGCGCAAUCCACAGUCGUCAUUUCUGAUUCAGACGAUAAAAUUCAAGACCAAGUCGGUCAGGGCAGCGCAGAUACAGAACCUGCCAGGCAAAGGCAACGCGGAACAAGGCAGCAUGGCCUACAGAAGGGGCGGCCUCAGAAAAUACACAGUUCGAAGCAAGAGUCUAACAACGAGGAUCCAAAAGCACAUGCCGACGCUGACGUUGCCCGAUUCGACCAAGUCAGUAUUCAACAGAGUGCCAGGGUAGCUGUGCCGCAGGCUGCUACAGCACCGCGGACAUUUGCGGAAGGAAAACGGAAAUCCAAGGGUGGCAACACAGCAAGCAAAAAGCGUAAAAAGGUUUCGGACCCAUCGAUCCAAGACGUACGGUAUGGCAAACGGGCAUUCGAAACUGCAACGGGUAGCCGAAGUACAGGAGCAGUGCAGAGUAAAGGAAUCCAGAUGCGGCGUGUUGACGUGGCCUUCCGCGAAAGUUCAAUUGAGGCUGAGAGACGCGAUCAAAGUGGCGACGAUCUGCACAUUGCCUCACCAGACAGUUUUCGGCAUCAUCCAACUCACCGCGACUGCGACAAUGGCACCGCACAGAAAAGGGUUACUCCGUGUACCACAAUCGGCGCAAAUGGAUCUUACAAUGUGUAUCGAAAUGAUGCCGACGAGAUAUCCGGUGAAACACAAGAAGUAGAAGUGCCAACUCCAAAGAAAAGAAGAAGCACUACUGUGACAGAAACAUCUCGAUUUGUGUUGUCGAACGCAAAUCUUCAAAUUAUAACUCCAGAUGGAGAUGGGUCUGUGAAAGUUGAAAUUGAAGGCCACUGGAAUAUCAAAUUCGUUGACAAGUCAGUGCCUUUUCCGUCGAGAGGUAGCCCGUUUACAAUUUGGGUUUCGCCGAUGCGCCCGCUACACCCUUGA